CCGUUGACGACGACGAGCGACGCAUUCUUGGAUUUCUUGCAUUCUUGCUCUAUCUACCGCAACGAUCAUUCUGAAUCCAAGUCUGCGAGCGUCUACAAUGCUUUAUCUAUACUUUAUUUAUAUUCUUGCCCUGGCCUCCAGCGCUAUAGUACAAGCGUCGCCAACACCCGAACUUAUACCCAUCCCACAUCUUUCGAAUGCCUUGCAACAACGAACAACACCUCCUCAAUUCCCGGAUACCCCACCAUCAUGUCCUAUUUGCCAGAAGGAUUAUGAUAAAAUCAACAAUUGCGCCCAAGCAGCUCCAGUUCUGGCCAAUUUUUCGAUGAUCAUCUUCAAUCCCGGAGCCUUCAUUAACGUUAUUCAAUGUUCAUGCACGGAGACCUUCCAAUCGGUAUUUCCUCAAUGUGUUGACUGUUUUAUUCGCACGAAUCAAACCGACGUUUUGCAAGCACCAUCAUUACCCGACGUACUUCAAGGGAUGCAGAAGAUAUGUGCUCUCUCCAGCUCUCUCCUAGGUGGCGUGGCAUCUGCGAAUGGAGAGAUACCGAGUUCUACCACGUCUAGUGCACCUACUCCAACAUCCAAUGGUGUCAGACGGACUUCACCCAACCUCUCCGUCAUUGUGACCACAAUGGUGGUUUUGUGCGGGAUAUUCGAUGCUCUUCUGCAAGGGUGAUAAGGCUCGGAUAUUUAUUUUAUUCCUUAGGAUUUUUGAAUGAUUGACGACAUGUAAUGAAUCGCUGACGAUAAUGAAUGAUAAUGACCAUCUG